CGAGACGAAAUGGCAGAUUUAACAAUGGGAAAAGGGGUUUCCGCAGGAAAAAUAGCCAGUAAUGUGCAGAAGAAAAUAACCAGGGCUCAAGAAAAGGUUAUGCAGAAACUUGGCAAGGCAGAUGAGACUAAAGAUCUUGCGUUUGAAGAAGGAGUGAUUAACUUUAACAAACAACUGGCUGAGGGCACUAAGCUUCAGAGAGAUCUACGGGCCUAUUUGGCUGCUGUGAAAGCAAUGCACGAGUCCUCCAAUCAUCUGCAAGAGUGCUUGGCUGAUAUGUACGAACCUGAGUGGUAUGGCAAAGAUGAAAUGGACUCUAUUGUGGAGGACUCAGACCUCUUAUGGACGGACUUUCACCAGAAGCUGGUGGAUCAUGCUUUGAUCUCCAUGGACACGUACUUGGGCCAGUUUCCUGACAUUAGGGCCCGUAUAGCCAAGCGAGACAGGAAGCUGGUGGAUUUCGACAGUGCCCGGCACAACUAUGCUGCUGUAAACAAGGGCAAGAAGAAAGAAGGAGGGGUUAAGAUCUCUAAGCCAGCAUCUUUGUUAGAGAGGGCCGCUCCUGGGUGGGCACAGGGAAUUUUGUCUGCUCAUAAUGUUGCUCAGACCAGCCUGUCCAGAAAUCAGGCGGAGGAAGAAUUUGAAAGGGCCCAGAAGGUCUUUGAGGAAAUCAACAUAGAUCUUCAGGAAGAGCUGCCAUCACUCUGGAAUAGCCGGGUUGGUUUCUACGUGAACACCUUCCAGAGCGUGGCUGGCCUUGAGGAGAAGUUUCACAGAGAAAAAGGAAAGCUAAGCCAAAAUAUACAUGAUACGCUGGUGAAACUGGAGAAUCAGGACAUGUCCAGAAAAGCAGGUACCCGAGUGGGGAAGACACCAACAGUCCAGCGGAGUGACAGACCUCAAGAUGCCAAUCAUACUCUGAGCCCGGCAGUACCCGCUAUUCCAAAAUCUCCAUCUAAGUUGAGACCUGCUGUUCCUCCCCCACCGAAAGUCACUCCAUCCAAGGAUCUGAAGCAGGAGAACAUCAUUAACUUUUUUGAUGAGGCUGUAGGAGUCAGCGCUUCGUCUCCAGCACCAUAUGAUGCCCCAGCCACUAGUAAUCUUUUGGACAUGGACUUUGAUGCACUGCAGGUGGCUACUACACCAGUUGCCACCACCCCAGCACCACAGCCAGAUGAAAGCCAGGAGGCAGCCCAGUCAUGGGAUGAUGAUGGUAGUCAGCCUGUGGGUACCGCUGCGCCUGCUUAUCCUACCUGGGAUGACGAUGACAGUCAGCCUGUGCAUGCUCCGGCUGCAGCACCCAUUUGGGACGAUGAUGGGUCCCAGCCAGUGCGGGCUGAGAGUUGGAGCAGUGAUGGGGCUCAGGCAUCAGAAAAUGCAGCUGGAACAGAGGAUGCAGCAGCAACAGCAGAGAAGACUAAUGAAGGCACAGACGUAGAGAUGCCACCAGGCUUCCUUUACAAAGUUCAAACAAUGCAUGACUACGCUGCCACCGACUCAGAUGAGCUGGAGAUGAAGGCAGGAGACGUGGUGCUUGUGGUGACUUAUGAAAACCCAGACGAUCAGGAUGAUGGCUGGUUGAUGGGAAUUAAAGAGACUGACUGGAUUCAGGCAAAAAAACUCAGCAAAAAAGGAGUAUUCCCUGAAAACUUUACACAGGCGAUGUGAGCAUCGGGUUACGGCGCUGACACCAGAUCUUUAUCCUGCUCUUCUUUUCUAAUCAGCAUUUUAAAA